UCGUGCACCUAGAUUUUAAAAUGUGUUCUCAAUUUGAUAGCUUGAUGCCCUGUUAGUUGAUAGAUAGCAGGUUUUAAGGUUUUUAGUUUUUACUUGUUACUGUAACGGGACAAGUUCUUUCUGGUCGCUCAUUUGCAGAUUGAUUUACGUAAACUUACCUUAAAUAUUAAUAUGUUUAUGUCUUAGCUAUUACCUAUUAAUCUAAUUAAUAUAAUGCCAAAAUUGUGAGUGGAAAUUUAAUUUUGACUCGAAUGCGCACUGUCUUCUGUUCAACACUAAUCGUCAGAAAUUGUAUUUCAGCUAUCACCUAUAUUCGCAGACCUGUGUAAUACUGUUACAAUUUUGCUGCCCAAUAUUCAUUUCAAAUUAUCCUUUAUGUUACAUUUAUGUUAUGGGUUUCUUAAGAUCAUUAAGGAAUAUAAAAAACUGGUUCACUGACAAGGCUGGACUUUCUGGACCUAAAGGACCAACAAAACGUAAACACGAAGAAUGCGAAACUAUAAGUAAUAAAAGAGUGCGCAUGGAUGAUAGCCUUGUAGAAAUUGUUGAGAUCAGUGAUGAAUUCCUAUCUGAAACCGAAGAGGUGGAAAUCACUGAACCUGGGCCAUCAACUGUACCGCUCAGAGCCAGUCCUCCUGUUAUGCUCAUUGAGGGUAGACAGCAUCCAAGAAGAACUAUGUCACCAGUUAGGACUAUAGAUCUAACUGAAAGUAAUGAUGAAGAUGUCAAAGUUAAAAUUAUUCGAUCGUAUAGUCUAUCAAAUCCACAACUUAUAAGUAACAGAAGUACAGAAUUGGUCAGAAGUGCUAGUACCAAAGCUAUCCGAGAAGAAAGAUCUUCAAUUAAAGGAUCAAAACCAUUAAGUUUGAGUAUGGAAGGUGGAUUUUCUGCAUUAAAAAUUAAUGAUACAUCAACUAAUGCUAGCAUGGAUAAAUCAUUUGCAAUGAUUUUAAAACAUUAUGUUACUCCAAAACCAGAAACCAACAUUUUGUCAGUUUCCAGUUCUAGAUCGCCAAUGAGUAAUCAUAAAGAAAAUAUUUUAAAUCAAUCUAAAUCAUCUCAAACAUCUGGUAAAGAAAAUUUAGAUGUUCCAGAAUUAAGUAUUUAUAGCAAUAGAAUUAUCAAGAAAGAGUUGUUUUAUGAACGUAUAUUAAGAAAAUUCAAAGAGAAACAAGCAGAUGCCAUUUUAACUUCUGCUACAAGAAUCCAACUAAAAUCACCCGACGAUAUUUUCCAAGAAAAACUAGAGAUUAUGAAAAAAGAAUUAGAUACAAAUGAACCACAAAAGAAAAAUGAAGUUUUUCCUGGUUAUUCUGAAGAAGUAGUUGAAUCGAUUAAACUUCAAUUGUCUGGUUCAUUAAAUGAGUACAUUGUUCAAGGGAAAACUAUUAAAAAAAUGGAUUUGAAAACUGUAUAUGGUUCUUCUGCUUGGUUAAAUGAUGAAGUUAUAAAUCAUUAUUUGAGUAUGAUAGUUGCACGUGAUCCAACUAACAUUCACACGUUUGAUACAUUCUUUUAUUCUAAAUUAUCAUCACAAGGAUAUCAAUCUGUUCGUCGGUGGUCAAGAAAAAAAGAUAUAUUUGCAUGUAAAAAAAUGUUCAGUCCUAUUCACCUGGGCAACCAUUGGUGUCUUAUAUGUGUAAACUUCAUUGAAAAAACUGUAAAAUAUUACGAUAGUUUGGGUCAUCCAAAUCCUAAAUGUUUAAAUCUAAUUUUUGACUAUCUUAAACAAGAGUAUGAGAACAAGAAGAAUGAACAAUUUAACAGUAGUGGAUGGCAAAUAAUGGAAGCCGAGGAUUGUCCUUCACAAAAGAAUGGUUAUGAUUGUGGAGUGUUUACUUGUAUCAAUGCAGAGUACCUAUCUCGUGAUGCAAAACUGGAUUUUGUACAAGAUGAUAUGCCUAAGUUAAGGCAUAGGAUAUGUUAUGAGAUCUUAAACAAUCGUUUAUGUUAUUAAACUAAAUCAUUUGUUUCCUAUAA